AUGAGGGAAAAUGUUAUCUUUUCAGCACAUCAUCACCCAUUGUGUUUGUCAUCCGAAAGCUCUGACUGCAUGAACUACUAUGCGUGUACAAAGAAUAACACCAAUAAUAAUAGAACAUACAAUUCCUCGUCGUAUGAUGUCGGUGAAUAUAAAUCAUCCAAUGACACAUUUAAUAAUUAUUUUAUGAACACUUUACUGGUUUUGAAGAAGAAGCUUCAUCAUCAUACAACAACAUUCAUUCAUCAUUCCAAAAUCUUUCAUCAUUUUAUUACCAGCAUAAUGAUGAUACUAUUCAUUCAUGGCAACAUGAUUCAUGCUGCUACCACAGAGAAACCAAAACCCGAAUUGGAGCCAUCAAUUUUGACAUCAUUAGCUUCUAUCUCUGGUUAUUUAGCCACUUUUUGUUUCACCGUACAAUAUCUUCCACAAGCUUAUUUAAAUCAUAAAAGGAAAUCAGUGAAAGGAUUUAGUACUACCGGAAUUUUGCUGAAACUUGUUGGAGCAUCGUAUUUGGGGGUGAACAGUUUUUUGAUGGGAGAAGCAUUGAGCGUUGGUCUUUAUGGAACUUUAAAUAUUUUACAACAUUCGGUUUUCAUGAUUCAAUUUACAAUGUUCACAGGUAGAAAAAUAUUCUUACUUUGUCUUUUUAUUCCUUUGUUGCCCAUAAUUACUGGUUAUAUGUAUCCCAAUUCGAUUCCAUAUACAAAUUUGAUCAAACCAGUUUCACAAAUUGUGAGUCACAUACCACAAAUAAUUGUGACAUGGGAAGAUAGAAGCACAGAGGGAGUUUCACUUAUAUCACAACAUUUAAAUUUAUUAGGAGGUAUUUGUGGUGUAUUUAUGUAUUCAGUGUUCACACCAAAAUCUUUCUUUACUAGAUUGGUUUAUUGGAACAGUUUACUUCAAGCAUUGUCCAUUUAUUUCUUAGCAGUCUACUUUGAUGGUUGGGGUCGAUUGCGUAACUCUUUCGUCACAUUAUUUGAAAAAAGUCCAGAUCCAACAAAUUCCCCUCCAAACACUGAAGAACAACAAGAAAUAGAGAAAGCCAUGAAUCAAGCAUCCAGUACCGGAGUGACUACUUCCAACAUCAUUACUGGAACUAGUGCUAGCACAUCGUCCACUCUCAGAAAUACUUCUCAUCAACAAGGUGCGCUUGAUAUUGAGAUAACGUCAAUAACUAGCAAUAUCGAAUAA